AUGGGAUUUAUUGCAUACAUUUUUAUAGCAACAUGUGUUGCAUUUUUCUCCAUGAACGCAGGGGCUGAGGUGUUUGUUGAUAAAGGUGUCCCGUAUGCAAAUGGACCGAAGCUGGUAGGAGAGCUCGCUAUUACAGUCACAACAGAGGAUAGUCCAAGACAUGUGAAAGCAUUCUUUCCCCUCGGCGAAGGCGACUUUCCAGUCAUCUAUUACAUAGGCGGCCUCAGUUCCCUCGUGCCCUCCGAGCUUUACUCCAUCAUCCUCUCAAAAAUUGCGGCGCACGGGUUUUUCGUGUUCGGAGUUGACUACUAUUUUCCUGCUGACUCAGUAAAACAAGAUGGACAGGGAGUUGGUGACGCCGUCGAUGUGUAUUUUAGGGAAUUCAACUUUUUGCAGAAAUUCAUGGUGAACAAAACCGUUGGAGUUCCACGAUGGGACCUGACUGGGCUGCUCUGCCAUUCUGCUGGCUGUGGCGACACGCUAGACAUGAUUGAAAAGAACAUAUUCCCUUUCAAAGCCACCAUAUUUAUGGAGCCGUACAGCCAGGUAGUCCACGCCAACAAGACCAUGGCGAUCACCGUGCCAGCCUUGAUGUACGGCACUCAGCUGGCAGAGGAAGGCUUACCGCGGUGCAACGUCCCAGGGUAUGACUACCUGCAGUUCUACGAUGUCUGGAAGUGUCCAAGGAUUGCCAUUAAAGUUGCGGAUUUCGGCCAUUGCGAUAUGCUCGAUCCAGUAGGAUGGGAAGCGUGUCAUCUGACCCAUUUUUGCAAGACAAACAACGACACGCAACUCAACCAUUACCGCCAGACUGUGCACGGUAUUGUCUCUGGAUUCUUUAUAGCUACACUGCAGGGGUAUGGCCAGAGUAUAGUGUAUGUGCAGGAUGUCAAGAACAUACCAAUCAAAGUGCUAGUCAGUAAAAACGAUUGGAAUUGUUAAUGUAUAACAAUGCAUGCUGAUGGUUGAUGAUUUC